AUGGCUGCCAUAUUUAGUUUAGAUGUCUGUUUUCAAAAGUGUUAUAGAUUUUGUGCUGCAUAUACGGUAAUAUUAUAGCAAAAUAUUAUCACUUUAGUGAAAACAAAUGGUGAAAUGUGUUUAAAUUAAAAGUAACUCUUUAAAAUUUAAUGCCGUAUCGGUUGUGUUAAAAAAUGUUUCUGUUUACAUCGGUUACUGAAUUCUUCUCGACAAUUUUUGGUCAUUUAAGACAUUUGUUCUGAUCUGGACCCCUCCAGCGUUUUUGAAAAGGGUGGUGGCGGGGAAGCCACUGAUUGUAGUUUACAUAAAAGUAGAGAAGAUAAUCUGAAAAAUGGGUCUUACUCGAGCAUAUGCGUUUAUCAAAACAUGAGUGUGUGUUUUGAAGCAACUAACGUGCUCGCCAAACAGGUGGGCACAUCUUCGGCAACUUCGCAGAUACUGGAUGAAAUUGCUACUACUACUCCGUCAUCUUCGAAUAAUAAUGUCUCAGCUAAUAUUAUUCAGCCUCCGGUUACUACUAAUGUCAUCCAGUCGCCAAUUAAUUCUAAUAUUAUACAUGCAAACAGUGAUAAAUCCGAACAGCAGGUUCCGGCAGCAAAAAGUAUUGCAAAGUUAGUUGUUGCUAAUCAUCCCUCGGCAAACAAUUGUAACCCAGUUUUGCAAAAGGUUGUGAACCCUCCGUUAAUAACAGUUCUGAAUCCUUCUGGACCUUUGACAGUUGUGAAAACUUUGUGUGUUACUUCUGGAGUGUCGAGUGCUCCUCAGUUUACUUUGGUUAACUCUACCCCUCUGAACGUGACAAACGCUGUGGGUAAAUCACCAACAAUUACUCUCCUUAAUGCACCAGUGACAGUGGUCAAAGCAAUCACCACACAGAGCGUUGAGAAAACUGCAACUGAUGUGGUUGCAAAUAGUGUCGGUCUAAUAAACAAUGCUUCUCCAGUUAUCGAGAAUAGGGGCCACAAUGUUUUUGUUAAAAAUACUUGCCCAGAUUCAACAGUCCCUGACGUCCCUCAGAGUCACAAAUUAUUAACGGCCAAUAGCUUCCCACAAACAAAUGUGUUGACAAAUAUAAAUUCUUCUUCAAAAGCAGUUAAUGGUCAGAGAAGUAAAUUAAAAAUUUUGAGUAAUGUUGUUAUGCCAGGUACUUCACAGACAACAAAUAAUAUAUUACUCAACAAAAAUCCUCAACGAUAUGUUCCAAGACAAAAAAUUAUUGGACCUAAUGGCGCAACAACAAAGUACAUCAGCAAACCAACUUCAAACAAUGUUGUGAAAACCACAAUGAAUUCUAAUUUGAAAAUGCAAGAUAAAUCCCCUACAAGAGUGGUAUAUCCAACUCAUAAAAGCCAAAUAAAAACUAUUCCUCCCAUAAAUAAUUACAUGCAGAAGCCUCAACAAGGCAUAAAAACCCUGUCUCCACAGCACAAAAGUAUACCCGGCCAAGUACAGAGAACCGGUUCUGGUUUGAGAACUAUUCCUCCACAGAGGCCACAAAAGAUAGCCAAUAAACCGAAUUAUAUUGGUAAACAUGCUGUUCAGGCGCAGAAAAUGAGGCAGACACAUGGGAAACUGAGAGGAAUUAAAAUGACACAAAAUGUGGCGUACAACGUUCAUGGUCCUCAAAUGCCCGACAAACAUUUAACCGAAUUAACUUUUAAUCAAGCUCUCACAGCACAAAUUAUCGAGACUCUGAGUAAUACCAGUACGUCUUUGCCAUAUGAAAUACUGCCAACACGAUAUCAGAAUGCCUUUAGCUGUCCUGAUACGAAACAAGCUGUUGAGACGACAAAACAAACAGAGGACAAAAGUAAAUCUGGUCUUGACGCCUUGUCAUUGAUCUGCCAAGCGGUACUUCUAGAUCAUAACUAUAACGCUACUUUACCACCGGACUCGCCUACUAGACCAUCUCCUCCUUCAAUCACCCAGUCUCAAAUUAAUGGCAUAUCAACGAAUUCUAUUUAUUCCCCUGGUACUGGCAAAAGACGUUCAUUACCAUCAUCGAAUACCAUAUCUUCCACUUCCAGCCUCUCGAAUUUGUCAGUGACGGCAAGCAAUAGUAACUCUAUUAGAAUGCCUCAAGAUGACGAUGCUUCUUCUGAUAUAUCGGACGGUUCUGAAAGAAAACAUGAUACUGAAGGAGAAGAAACGGAUACUGCUCCAGAAGCAGAAGCAGUUAAUGAUGAACAUUUUGAUGGUUACGGUGACUAUGUGACAAGAUGUAUCUGUGGUUUCUUACAUGACGAUGGAUACAUGGUAGAAUGUGAUAGAUGUAAAGUAUGGCAACAUGUGCAGUGUGUUGUUAAAAACAAACAAGUGCCCGAGGAAUAUUUGUGUGAAGCCUGUGAUCCUACAAAGCCUAUAGACAGGCAAAGAGCAAGGAAUGUCCAACAGCAGUGGGUGAGAGACAGGCAGUUUGCUGAUCCUAAACUUAGGAAGGACGCCAAGGUUAAGGAAGUAUUUAAGCCAAAAGAAACUAUAAGUGAUAGUGAUACUUCCGACGGGGAACAUGUUUCUCAUAACAACAAUGUCGUCACCAAAGGUAGGACAUUGACGAAUAGAAGAAAGAGUGAUAAUCAUCAGAAACAGACAAUUGCUAGGCAAAGGCGAGAAGCAGCUAAGGAAGUGUCACAUAGGCGACAAAAGAGGAAGGAACGGAAAAUUGUUAGAAGAAAGACUAAGGCACAGACGAAGUCACAUAGUGAUGAUGAAAACCACGACACCUGGUCGUCUCAUUUGCCACAGUUACGUCAAUGGAUAGAAAAGUACGAGGAGGCAGUCACUAAUCACUAUUCACCGGAAUUAAGAGCCCGCAUAUCCAGCAUACGAGUUAAUAGUGCUCAUUCAGACCUUAACAUGCAGUUUGACCCUACAGUGUCUAAAUGUCGCGUUCACACUCAACCUUUGACGGAAAUAAAAUACCUUGUGAGUACGGUGCAUUUGUCCCCGAACAGUCCAGUGGUGGAACUGCGAGGAAAAUAUAUGCUCUCAACGCAGCAUCGUAACUCUGGCGGCUCCUUAACAACCCGCCAACAUUCUCAAAGACCCGGCCCGUUCUUGUUUUUUUAUCGGUUACAUAAGGAUAAUACAGAAGUUUGUGUAGAUACCAGAACUUACGGAAACAGUGCAAGAUUCAUAAGGAGGUCCUGUAAACCCAACGCUGAAUUGCGGCAUUGCAUCGAAAAAGGCGUGUUACAUUUAUACAUUGUGUCAAUUACUACGGUAGAGAGGAAUUGUGAGUUGACGAUCAAACAUGAAUCUCAUGAUCUAGCGGCUAUAGGGACGACGCAGAUUGCCUGUGCUUGCGGAAAUGCAGAACAGUGUGCCGUUAAUAAGUCCACCAUUAAAAAGAAUAACGAAACAUCUGAAUUACAAAGAAAGAGAAGGGGCAGGAGAACUGUUUCCUCCAGUCUUCCAGAGGCCGAUCCACCAAAAGAAGUGAAAGAAGAACCCCAACCCUUACCUGUUGUUCUUCCUCCACCGCCUGUUGCAGCUCUUCCUUCUCCAGUUAAACAUGAAAAAGUGGAGGAAAUUGUAAAAAGGGAUAUCGUGGAGGUGAAACUUGAGAUUAAGGAGGAACUUUUAGAGGAACCAGUGGCCAUUAAAGAAGAAGUCAAGGAAGAAAUAAAGGUAGAACCAACAGAUGAAAAGUUGCAAAUGGAAGUUAAAAAGGAGCAAAUUAAGGAAGAAGAAGCGAGGUCCCCCUCGGACGAGGUGGUUACUAAUAAAAGAAGAUCGUCAUUGAAUUAUAAAUCAGAUAAAGAGGAUGACAAACCUUCGGAUACAAAGGAAGAGAAAACAAAAUGUAAGAAACUGAGCAGAGAGGAAAGAAAGUUGGAAGCCAUUUUACGCGCUAUCGAGCAAAUGGAGAAAGCCGAAUCAAGAAAGCAAGAACAUCAAGCCAAACAGGCUCAUAGAAGAGAGUCCGAACCCGGUCCUACUCCCAAGGAAGAGGAUAAACAGGAACCCAAAUUAAAAAGACGAAGACGGAAGGGCCGUGCCAGAACGACAAGUCAAAGUGCUCGUCGGAACAGAUUGAACUCCACGGAUUCUUAUAUGACCUCUGGUGAUGAGAACAUGCUCUCUCCUAACGAUGGCAGUCAGCCCACAAAUCGACCGUCGUUGAAGGAACUGAGUAGCGAACCAGCCGAUAAUAGAGCCGUCGGACUUCUACUCGCUUUGUCUAACGGUGAGAACACAAACAAACUCGAAAAAUCGCCAACGAGAGAAGUCGACUCAAACUCUAAUUCCGCACAUUCCUCGCCAGAAACUCCGCUAUCUUCUGCUUGUCUACUGGUUCAGGCAGCUGUGGAGCCGUUAGAACCAGGUUUCAAGUUUCCGAAGACCAAGAAAGGCUUGAUGAACGAAUGGUUGAAUAAAGUGCCCGAACCGAUACAUUCGGCAAGUUCUAUAUCACCAUCGUCACUAACCCCUCACUUGAGUAACAGUUCCGAAUUCGAUGCCAACAGUGGCUUUUACUCUCCCGCUAAGAAUUUAACCACGUUGGCGCAGGCAGUCAACUACUGUGACAGCAACGUUCAGCCACGCGGCAGUGCCAAAAAGAGAUGGUUGCGACAGGCGAUCAGUGAGGACCAUUCCUGUGACAGUCCGUCAAGUCGCCCAGAUUCUCCUCCGAUCAGUGACAUGGUAGCUCCUCCCAAAAAGAGAAGACUUCCUCGAGAGUCAAUAUCUUCUGAAACUUCUCCACCCACCACUCCAACUAACUGCACAGCUCCCACAAGUCUCAACAAACUGGAAAAAGAGAGACCAAACCAAGAAGGGUGUGUCGAAAUUGUGUAUAGUGGAACCGAUGGUGACAGUCCAACGCAGACUCUAGAGUCAGAUGCCAUACUAAAAGAACGUGCUGCUAAAAUGAAACAAGAAUUUAGUAAAUGUAUCGUGCCAUCGACACCAGAAGGUCCCCAUAACGAAAUGGGUCCUCUGGGUUGCCUUAUGGAUCCACGGCUGUCCCGGGAGAGUCACAUGUUCUCCAACAAUGACUUAGUGGGCACAGUUGAGAAGACACUAAGUAUUCUGGGGUUUGAAGAAAAUAAGCCAGAUACAACUUUACCUAAGAGAAAGGUAAAGCUUUCAAUAACUGAGUAUAGACAAAGAAAAAAAUUGAAUGUUAAUGAUAAAAGUGAUGACCACGAACAAGAACCGGAACAGAUGAGUACUGAAGAAAAUAACUCUUCUGAAUCGUUUAAAAUCACAUCAAGGCUCAGGUCAGGCAGCACAAGCAGUAGCACAUCUUUAACAUCCAGCGAUGAUGAAAUUUCCCCUGAACUACCAAUAAAAGUUCCAGCAUUUAAUUCUGAACCUACAGAGUUAGAACGUCAAAGAGAAAUUUCAAGUUUGAGGCUCAAAAAAGCUUUUGGAUUGUCGGUUGAUGAAGAACCGAGACCAGCUCUAAAUGUAGAAGCCAUACUAAAUCUAGAACUUGAACCUAAGGUAAAACCGAUUCCAAUUCCGAGCCCGACAUUCCCCAUACCGGGGAGUAGUGAGGUGACAAGAGAAACAACUCCAACUCCAAAACCUCCUCUUUCUCCAGAAAGAUCGGUUAGUCCGGCAGUCUUGCCACCUGAAAAAAGCCCGUCUCCGCCAGUCGACAUAGAAAUGGAAGAGGAGCCAGCAGCUGAAAACGUUCCUGAAAAGGGAACCACAGACGAGAAUGUCGAACCGAACUUGUUUUAUACUCCAGAUGAGGAAGAGGCUAUGCAAGCUGAGAGGGUCUUUGAGGAGUCAAACAGCGUUAACUAUGUACCUCCAUUUAACAACCCAGUGUAUCCAAACAGUAGUUUCACAAACUACACGUCUACUAUUGAUGACGAUGCACGGUACGAAGGCCGGAAUCCUUCCCCUCCUCCCGAUUUAGAAUCGGUAAAUUUUGACAGUCAGUCAUGAAUAUGCAAGGAGCUUUAACUAAUAUUUAGGAAUGUGCAAUUCUCCCAGAAUUCUAUAAGUUAUUUAAUUGAAGAAAGUAUUAAUUAUAGUUAGCACAGUGUACAUAGUUGUUUUAUUUUUUGGAGAUUUAUUUUUAAUGUAUAUUUCUAUUGAUGUCUACAAGCCGACAAAUAAUUUAAGUUAUUUUAUUUCUGAGUGGUUUAUAAAAUUAUUGUUGAGUUAAUUUUUUUUUAUUGAGCUGUUAAUUUUUUACUAUUGACAUUUUGUAGAUAUCGAGAAAAGUAUGUACACUUUGUAAAUAGAUAUAUACUUCUAUUAAUAAGCCGAAAUUAGAGAAUCAAUAAUUUUUUGAUAAUUUGUCUGUGCAACAUUGAUUUACGCCAUUGUUCAUAAAAAUCUCAUUGUACAUAAUAUUUAAUUUGGUUAUAUAUAAAUACUCGAUCCCCGAGGAAGGUAGGUCGAUGUUGCACGAAUUUUGUAAAAGUACAAAAUUAUUUAAGAGGUGAUCUCGUGUUUUAAGAGUAGAGUUUUUUUUAUUAUUUUUUUUUAUAGAAUAAGUAAGACCUUUGGGUAAUUAGGUUAACAGAUGAAGUUAUUGUAACCAAUUGUAAUAAGUACAUUCGGCCCAGGAUUUUUGUAAUUGUGUUUUCAUUGUUAUUGCUCUAUGUUUGGCGACUUUGUUCUGUUUCAUUUUAAAGUGAACAACUGGUACAUCACAUUACUUGCAAAGUAUGUAAAGGUCGCUGUGUAUAUAAUCUUAUUGUGUACAUAAGUACUAUAUUUAUAUAUUAUAUGAAUUUAUAAAUUUCGUACUACAAACCAGUGAAAGUUACGUUACUAUUUUUUCAUUAUUUAUUUUAGUCGAGAUCCACAUUGCAAUUAAUUUUCUAAUUGCAAUUAAAUCUGUAAAA